UUUCAGAGGAAGAAGGCGUGCUAAUGACUACACUCUUGAUAACAAGCGGUAUUUGCUACAAAACAGAUAAAGGCAGUUUCAUUCGAAACUUUCCUUGUUCUGCACCCUGACCCAAUGUGACAUGGCCAGCCCUAUGCAUAGCGUGAUAAUUCUAGCGCCACGUAAAGGGGAUGUCUGAUACGUCUUGAACCAGCUGUCCAGGUUACAUCAUCAGUGCGUGAGUCUGAACGACUAAUUGAUGAUGGGUGAUACAUUACUGGCGAGGACAGUGUUGAGAUUUCUUUCAAGCCUACAAGGGAAACGCCUGAUACCCAUUGUCACUGGACUUGAAGUCAGCGUCUUGGUCGUCGUCGGGGCUGUCGCAGUUUGGAUGUACGUCAGACGGAGGAAGAGGAUCAAAGAGCUACUGCACAAUGACAAUGGACCUACCCAGUGCCCAGGGCCACGAGAUUCAAGUGGGGAUGUCCUGUAUGAUGAGAUUGAAGAUAGAAAACCACCACUUCAGCAAACAAACAGCUGUACCGUGUCUAAUGUCUACAGUACCAUGACGAGAGAUUCCACAGAGGUGUCCUACACUGAAAUGAACACCACCAACACCGACGGCGCCUCAUCGGUACUCCCGAACGCAGAUAUUGGCGUCAUCAGUGGCACCACACAAGAAGUCGUAAAUGCUGACAACAUUGGCUACAUAAACGUUACUUCCAGCGAGCCGACCACUACAGUUGACCUCAUCACAGAAAACAUUUACAGUAAUGCACGCGAGGAGGACAAGGUGCCCCAUAAAUUUGGUCGCACUGCACAGCCCUUGGCCUUGGGGAGAGCACAGAGCCAAUACAUCAACGAUGCUUUUGAAGAUGAGGACUUUUAACUGGGGCAAAUGGUCACUGUGUAUGUUAAGAGAUGCAGUCUAGAUUCUGAGCGUUCAUGCAAAAUUGACUACAAUUAUACUCAAAGUACGGGAUUGAGGGGUAGGAGAAGACAUAAGGGGUCGCGAGUGGUUGGUGACGGGUUAGAGGUGGAAUAGGGGGAAAGAGGGCUUUGGGGGUGCUUGGAUGUUUUGUUAUACACAGAAUAUAUACCAAUGUUCAAUCACUAGAAAGUAAAUUCGAACAGUUUUUUCUUUCUUUUCUCAACGUCUUUGAAUGUUGGAUCACCAAUACUAAAUUGUAUGUUGUAAGCUUUGGGAGAUUUAACACUCUUCAUAAAUUAUCAGAUGUGAUUUAUCACAGUUUGGCUCAAAAUACUAAAAAUGCGCGAGGAGUUAUCCUCCCAAAAACCAUCACCCUGAUGACGUUAGGUAUAGGCCAUGAGUAUCUCAGAUCUGAAAUAUGGCUUUUGGCAUGCAUGGUUUUGACAAUUAAAAAAUGUUUUUGAAAGACCUUCGCCAAAGAGCAAUUGAUAAGACUUUUCCAUAAUUGGACGCCUUCAUUCUUCGAUAGCUCAAGAUAUGACACAUGCAUAUCAUUUGAAAGCCAAUUGCAUACAGAAAAGCCUCUAUUAAAUUUAAAUGAUAAUAAAAUCAGAAGUAUUGUCGUAACUGCUUUCGGGUGUCAAGUGCGACCCAACUACAGUUACUGAAAGUAUUGCCGUUACUGGUCAUCAUGGUCAGUUAAGCCAUGACUUUGCAAGUCGCCUUGUCAGCACCGGCUCAGCUCCAUCAAGGAGUGAUUGGUCUAGCGAUGCUCACUCCAAGUUGUCUCCAUCAGCAUUCAUACUCGCAUAAUAAGGAAACGCAACACCAGCUUUAUACUCACAUUAGCUUUACUUACUCUCAGUCCAUCUAUCAAUACAUGACAGGAUCAGACCGGCCAGGCUCAUCACUAAAUGGGGAGAUCUUAGAUCGAUCGGGAUUCGAAUCGAUUGCAAACCGCGCUCUCCUCUCCUAACGUUGACGGUAUCAUUUUAAUAGUGUUCCGGCAUGGCCUGUCUUUGUCACAUGUCACAAUACCUCAGUUUGAUUCGUUAAAAGUUAGAUCUGACCAUGAACUCAUGUGUGUCGUAAUCGGAAAAAUACCGAAGCCUACGUGCAAGAUUGAUCAUCUCUCUCUAUUGAUUUUGUGUCUCACUCCGGAUACUACAAAUGAAAAGUAUCUUACCUCUCUGCUUGUUUCAUUACUUAAUCGACGAUAACAUGGAACCAAUCCAAUGAUAAAUAUAAAAUGUCCAGAAUACUCUUGUGAUAAAUGUGAAAUGUCUUUUAUCUAUUAAUUCCUUUCGAACUUAACGUUCGCUUAAUAUGCAAUGUCCAGAAUACUCUUGUGAUAAAUGUGAAAUGUAUUUUAUCUAUUAAUUCCUUUCGAUUCUUAAAGUUCUCUUAAUAUGCAAUGUCCGGGUACUGUUGUGAUAAAUGUGAAAUGUCUUUUAUCUAUUAAUUCCUUUCGGUCUAAAAGUUCUCUGUCACAAAUUUUGUAUAUCUAAUGCAACUCAUCAUUACAGCUAUAAUGGUUUAAUUUGUUACUAUUUUCUAAUGUUUUUGAGACGCUAUUUAACCUCAUAACAGUAUCAUGGUUAAGAUUAGACAAAAUUUAACGGAAAUACAAUUCAGUGUCAAAAGAUUUAAGAAUAUUUUAAGCAUUCCGUGUAUAUACUAGUAUUUCAUUUUUUGCUUAUGAGAAAAUGAUUGUUGCUACUAAAUUGACAAAUAUAUGUAGAAGAUGUGUAUGCGUUCUUGUAUGUGGGCCGGAUGCCUUGAAUACAAUAAAGUGUUUCCUUCAGGACAGUUACCUGUGAUAUAAUUGGCAACUGUAAAUAGCUGUUGUGCGGAAUGGAGAGAGAAAGAUAAUUAUUUGGAGUGAAUGAAUCCUUUUAUACGCGAGCACUUUUACCUCAAACGAACCUCUUCGUUUCAAGGAUUACGAUACUCCAAGUUCUUGUUUGUUUUGUAUAUUGCCUGUGAGUUGAAUUUUAUAAAUUGAGUGUAUAUGUUACCUGUACAUGAAGCGCUUUAACAGCAUGUCAUAAAGGUUAACUCUUAGUUUUUUCAAUAGUCAGGACCGAUCGAAUAGCCUAGCGUUUUGGUGGUCAAAGAGUUCGUCUAUGUUUAAAUCCCCACUUGGGCACAAUGUGUGAAACCCAUUUUUUAUGUCAUGCGUAAAGCAAACUCCGUCAUCAAUAGUCACUGAGGCGUACCUAAAAUAUAUUCAGAAAUCUUCUUGCAAGUUGUUGUCAGGUUCCAAAUAUCUCCCUCAUUAUUGUAUUGUUUUGUCUUACAAUACAAUAAAUCCUCAAAUUUAUGGCUUCUUCCCCCACGACAUUCCUGAGCCCUCGACGUUGAGACAGCACGGUAUAAGUGGCCUGACCAGCUGGUGCAAUGAGUUAGAAAGUGUUCUCUUAUGUCCGUUUCAUUCACUUUUGCCAGGGGCGAUAACAUUCAUUUCAGGGUGUGGAACCAGGGUCAGCAUCGCAUAGGCCCCCAGAAACCUAUGCUGGUCAUAGG